AUGGCUUUCUUCCUUCUGUUUAUAAUUGUAAUAGAUGUUGGACACUUUGACUCCAAGUAUGUUAUACAGAAACGCAGUGAUUUUUUACAAAAGGCAAAACUAUGUGUUCGAAGAAUUGUGGAGAGGAGGAUAUUUACCAGUGGUAAAGAUGAAAUUGGGUUGAUUGUACUUGGUUCUGACAAGACACAGAAUCCACUUGAUUACCCAAAUGUGAGUGUGGAAUUUCCUCUUGCACUGCCUACAUGGCAGAUGAUAUCCUUUGUGGAGAAAUCUUUACAUGAAAGUGAAAUAAAAACAGAUUGGAUAGAUGGUGUUGUUGUUGGCAUGCAAGUCUUGAAAGAUGAGCUAGAAGAUGCAAUACGAAGCAAAUGCAGUGAGGAUGACUUGCUUGCCAUGAUUGGGGCAGGAAUUGUCACCCGAUGUCCAAAAUCGAUAAAUUUUAUAUCUCUGCACAGAGAAGCAGCUGGUUGCUCAUUGUCAUCUGUGGUGCUAAUCAAUGGGUUGAGCUCGUUGCUGGCACAGCGCCACCACAGAAUAUUUACCAGUGGUAAAGAUGAAAUUGGGUUGGUUGUGCUUGGUUCUGACAAGACACAGAAUCCACUUGAUUACCCAAAUAAAAUAAAAGAUCUCGAAAGUGUCUUAAUGACAACCGAUGGCCUCAUGUUGACAAGACAGCUGGUUGCCUUGCAGAGGGCAGGGCUUGAUGGUCUGAACAUCAGCUUAGACACCCUGCAGUCCCAAUGCUACAACCAGAUCACGAGGAGGAAAGGCUGGGAGCGUGUCAUGGCUGGCAUAGAUCUAGCCUUGCAACUUGAAUACGACCCCACGAUAAAUUGUGUUGUAAUGCGAGAUUUUAAUGAAGAUGACGUGUGCAGUUUUGUGGAGUUAACAAAAGAGUAAAAUGUUGAUGUAAGAUUUAUCGAGUACAUGCCUUUCAGCGGCAACAAAUGGAAUGAUGGGAAGAUGGUCUCAUUUAGUGAAAUGCUCCAAAUAAUUAGAAAGCAGUGGCCUGAUUUUGAUCCUCUUCCCAAUGGGCCCAAUGAUACUUCAAAGGCAUCCCAUGUCCCGGGCUUGAAGGGACGUGUGGGAUUUAUUACCUCAAUGAGUGAACACUUCUGUGGCACGUGCAACCGUUUACGGAUAACAGCUGAUGGCAAUUUGAAGGUGUAUCUCUUUGGGAAUUCAGAGAUAUCUCUCAGAGAUGCAAUACGAAGCAAAUGCAGUGAGGAUGAUUCGCUUGCCAUGAUUGGGGCAGCAGUGAGAAGAAAGAAGAAACAACAUGCAGGCAUGAUGAACCUGUCAAAGAUGAAGAAUCGGCCAAUGAUUCUUAUUGGAGGAUAA